AUGAGGAAUGAGAAAACCCUCUCAUUCUUUUAUUAUCUUCUGUUUUGCUUAAUAUUCAGUGUUUCCCUUAUUCCCAAUUCCUUUGUAUCAUCAACGCCUCACUACUCAAAUGAAACCGAUAGAAUUGCCCUUUUACAUUUUAAAAACCACAUUUCUGAUGAUCCAAGUGGAGUAAUUCUUAACUCCUGGAAUGACUCUUUGCACCAUUGUUAUUGGCAAGGAGUUAUUUGUGGCCACAAACACCAAAGAGUUGUGGAGCUGAGCCUUCCUGAUAAGGGCUUAGUGGGAACCAUAUCUCCUCAGAUUGGAAAUCUCUCAUUCCUCAGGGCAAUUGAGCUUGGUGGGAAUGGAUUUUCCGGCGAAAUUCCGGGGGAAAUUAGUUCUUUGUUUCGACUAAGGCACCUUAAUCUAUCCAUCAAUGCAUUUACAGGAGAAUUAGCUAAGGUUAACCUUAGCAACUGCUCAAAUCUUUGGUUUUUGGACAUUUCUAUAAAUGCCCUUCAAGGGAAUCUCCCACAAGACUUAGCCAAAUUGAAGAAGCUUAAAGCACUUCUCAUGGGUUCAAAUCAAUUGAGAGGUGGAAUCCCUGCGGCUUUUGGGAACCUUUCAUCGCUUCUAAUAUUGGCCAUGGAAGAAAAUGAUUUGGAGGGAAGUGUUCCUCAGGAGAUUGCAUUGGGGUGUAGGGAUUUGAAAAUCUUUUCACUUGGUUCCAAUAACCUAACUGGUAAACUAUCUUCUUCUUUCUUUAAUUUGACUUCCAUGAUGAAGAUUUCUGUGACUGAUAACUCAUUUGAAGGGACCAUUCCAAGCUACGUAGGAGACACCAUGCCAAACUUGCUUGUUUUUGAUUUUGCUGGCAACAAAUUUCAUGGUACCAUACCCGUUUCAUUUCCCAAUGCCUCUAAGCUACAAGUUCUUGAACUUUCAAGCAACUAUUUUGUAGGUAAAGUUCCACACAACAUUGGGCAGUUAAAAGAUUUUGAGACUUUGAACCUUGAGUACAAUUUUCUUGGUGGCAAUGACUUGGGUUUUCUAACCUCUCUAUCCAAUUGUAGUGAUUUAUAUUCCUUUUCAAUUGAGAGUAAUAGAUUUGAAACUAAGCUGCCAAAUAGCAUAGCUAACCUCUCAUCUAAACUCUCUUUUUUAACUCUCGGAGAUAAUAAGUUUGUUGGGACAAUACCGGUAGGAAUAAAAAAUCUAGCUAGCUUGAUCUUUUUGGGCCUAGAUAAUAACCUUUUAUCAGGUAUUAUUCCUAGCGAGAUAGGUAAGUUGCAAAAGCUACAAGGUUUGUGGUUACACCAAAAUCAAUUCUUGGGAAAAAUACCAUCUACCAUGUAUAACCUCACCUCUUUAGCUGAACUUGAUAUUCAUAGCAACAAUUUAGAUGGCAAAAUACCUUCAAAAGUGGAAAACUUUCGGAAUUUGUAUUUUUUGGAUUUGUCAAAUAACAAAUUCAAUGGCACCAUUCCACAAGAAGUUUUCGAUUUGUCAUCUUUGUCUAAGUCCCUUGACUUGUCCAGUAAUUCAUUCACUGGCCCAUUGUCUCCGGCCCUGGGAAAAUUGAAAACACUGAAUGAGUUACAUGUUUCUGGAAACAAAUUGUCGGGCAAAAUUCCACAAACAAUUGGAGAUUGUUUGAGCCUCGAAUAUCUUGAUAUGCAUGCUAAUCUCUUUGAAGGAAAAAUCCCACAUUCUUUUGUUUCUCUAAAAAGUAUGAGGCAUUUGGAUAUCUCAAACAACAAGUUAACUGGAGAAAUACCGAGAGAACUCCAAAAGCUCCCUCUAUUGCAAUAUUUAAACCUUUCUUUCAAUGAUCUAGAGGGGGAGGUACCAACAGUUGGAGUAUUUGCCGUGGCAACCAAUGUAUCAUUGCUUGGAAACAAAAAACUCUGCGGUGGUAUACCUGCGCUAAAGCUACCUCCAUGUCCUGUGAAGAAAACAAAACAUAAGAAACGUUCGAAGCUUCUAAUUGUUAUCUUCACAUGUAUCUGCUCGGCUCUGGUUUUUGCGUCAUUAAUUGCUCUUCUAGCAUUGUGUUGGAGGAAAGAAAAGAGGAUGAAGCUUGAUAAGCUAUCAAAAGUUGAAAAGCUUUCCAGAAUCUCUUACAAUGAUUUGCACCGAGCAACUAAAGGCUUCUCUGAGACAAAUUUGAUUGGUUCUGGAAGUUUUGGCUCUGUUUACAAAGGAAGAUUUGAGCAAGGUGGAGAACAAACAAUUGCGGUAAAGGUACUUGACCUACUAAAAAAUGGAGCUUCAAAGAGCUUUCUUGCAGAAUGUAAAGUGCUGAGGAACAUACGCCACCGGAAUCUUGUUCCUAUUUUGACAUGCUGCUCGAGUUGUGAUUCUGCUGGUAAUGACUUCAAAGCUCUAGUUUAUGAAUUUAUGGAAAAUGGGGAUCUGGAUACGUGGUUGCAUACACAUUCAACUAAUGCAAGGACGAUUGUUCUAAGUGUUCUUCAAAGGUUAAACAUUGCAAUUGAUGUAGCUUCUGCGUUGCAUUAUCUCCAUGAUGAUUGUGAGCUAACAGUUGUUCAUUGUGAUCUAAAGCCAAGUAACAUUCUGCUUGACAAAGAUUUAACUGCUCAUGUGGGUGACUUUGGGAUAUCAAGGCUUUAUUCAUGUACAUUUGGAGAUCCAAUUGGUGAACAAACUAGUACCAUUGGAUUAAAGGGCUCAAUUGGUUAUGUUCCACCAGAGUACGGGAUAGGAGCAAAAGCAUCCACUUUUGGAGAUGUGUAUAGCUUUGGAAUCCUUUUGUUGGAAAUGUUCACAGCUAAAAGACCCACGGAUAAUUUAUUCAACAGUGGAUGUAGCAGCCUUUGUGAGUAUGUAGAGAUGGCUUUGCCUGAGCAUGUGAUAGAGAUAGUAGACCCAUUGCUUUCAGCAUGCCUAGAAAAUAGUCAUGGAAUAACACCAGAUGUAGAGUUGGAGAAUCAGGGCAAUUUGCUAGAAAUUGAAGAGAGAAAGGGGCAUAACUUCUUCCUCUCCAUCUUCAAAAUUGGGCUCGCUUGUGCUUCAAGAUCACCAAUGGAUCGCAUGCAUAUGAAUGAAGUGAGCAGAGAAUUGCACAAGAUUAAAAAGGCCUUCUUUGCAUAA